AUGGCAUUCAUCCUCUAUCUGAGUGUCCUGGCGGAACAUCAUAUACACACACACACACACACACCCCCUAUAUAUAUUAUUUUCUCAGGGACAUUUUUCUCCGCUCACUCGUCUGUGCAGAAAGAUGACCAUGCCCCCUAUUUGGUCUACCUCAAGUCUCACUUCAACCCCUGCGUGGGUGUCCUCAUCAAAAGCAACUGGGUGCUGGCCCCGGCUCACUGCUACUUACCAAAUCUGAAAGUGAUGCUGGGAAAUUUCAGGAUCAGAGUCAGAGAUGGGACAGAGCAGACAAUUAACCCCAUCCAGAUUAUCCGCUACUGGAACCACAGUCACAGUGCUCCCCAGGAUGACCUCAUGCUCAUUAAGCUGGCCAAGCCCGCCACCCUCAACCACAAAGUCCAAACCCUUCCCCUCGCCACCAGCACUGUCAGGCCAGGCACCAACUGCCUACUCUCAGGUUUGGACUGGAGCCAGGACAACAACAGCAGACACCCUGAUUUAAGGCAGAACCUGGAGGCCCCUGUGAUGGCUGAUAAAGACUGCCAGAAAACCAAACAAGGAAAAAGCCACAGGAACUCCUUAUGUGUGAAAUUCGUGAAAGUGUUCAGUCGAAUCUUUGGGGAGGUGGCUGUCGCUACUGUCAUCUGCCAAAACAAGCUCCAGGGGAUCGAGGUUGGCCAAUUCAUGGGCGGGGACGUGGGCAUCUACACCAAUGUUCAAAAAUAUGUAACCUGGAUUGAAAACAUCACUAAGAACAAAUGAAGCCAUGCGACUCCCUCUGCUGCCCACUGGCUCUGCCACCGAUGCUAUACAACUUUCCCCAAACUCAAAAUAAAACAUCUGAAUAGAAAUAUUUGGAUGCAUCACACCAGUAUCUUUUAUUUUUUUGUUUGUAUCUCUGCCCACAUCCCAUAAUGAUCUGAAGAACCAAGAACAAAAUAUGAAAUGAGCAUUCUCCACACUGUAUUGGGUUAUAUCCACUGUCUCAUUUAAUGCUUUUCACAAGCCUUUGAGGUUUUCUUUAUUCUCACUUCACAAGUGAGAAAACAGACAAAGAGUUUACUGAACAUUAUCCAGAGCUGGCAGAUAGCAAAACCUGGAAUUGAACCCCCAAAUGUCAGAUUCUCAGUCCAUUAGUCUUAGCCUCGAAAUUGUAGCUAAGUCUGUAACAUCACAACAGAUGGCGGCUGCUAUUUUUCUGCUACCUCUCUUCAUUCAAAGGGUUUGAAGCUCCAAAUUGUGACUGACAUCCUUCCCUAAGAAUGGUCAUGAUUGGGCAUUCCCACUGUGGCUCAGCGGUAACGAAUCUGACUAUGAGGACAUGGGUUCGA